UUCACAACAAAACACUACAGGAAAAGACGCCGAUAUCUGCUUUUCAUCGAGUCCAUUCACACUCCGUGCUAGUUUGCGGCGAAAUCCCGCUCCCCCCCCCCCCCAGUCCUCAAAGCUCCGUGCCAAUAUCUUCGUUUCUGAUUUUUCAGCUUUCCGUAGAUCUUACCUCUCUCCCUCUAUUAGUCCACUUUCAGUUUCAAACAUGUCCAUUCUCGAUUUGUUAAGGUUUUCGACCGACUAAGAAUUCUCUACGCGUGUGUACAAUGCGCUGCGCUUCAAAUCUGAAUAAUAUAGUUUGCAUCUGGACGGGAUCGGCGGGAUCGUUUCGACACGAGUUUUGAAUCGGCUGCAAUGGGUUCGAACCAGUCCGCACAAGUAAUCAAGGAGAGCGACGAGGAAGAGGAAGAAGACGACGAUGAGAGGAACAUCAACGGCGAGAGGGAUAGGUUGGAAUCGGAUAAUCAUUUGUUGAAGAAAGUGUUAGAGCAAGAACCGGAGAUGCUACCGUGCCGCGCAUCAGCGUCGCCACUAUCCCCGCAGCUUUCUUCCUUGGGAACGCCUCGUCUUGGUCCCUCCAUCAAGGUCUGGGAUCCUUACAAUGUCUUGGCUCCGCCGCCGCCUCUGCCACCGCCUCCAGUGUUCUCGAGGAGCUUCUCCGCGAACGCAAUUGAUGAUGACCAGACGGUGACGGAGGUGUAUCUGAUCAGCCAUGGAGAAGAGCGUUUGGCAGUCAGAGAUUGGGUGUGCGUCUCUGGCAUUCAAUUGAAGUCUCCGACACACCCUCGCUUCCUCAUUCAUCGCUCUUCCUCCAUGGCUCUCUUGGACAGCUCACGCCGCAACUCUUUGAUUCCUACCUUCCUCUACUCCUCUUCUUCCUCCCCCAAAACCCUGCCUCUUCAGAAGAUGCUCCACUCUAACCCCGCCGCCGCCUCAUUACCGGCCUCCAAUUUCGAAGUCGGAUCGCCCAGGCCUAACUUCAUGAUUCCGUCUCCAAGUGAGCCCGGCAAGAUCGAGAUGUACUCGCCCGCCUUCUAUACUGCUUGUACCUUCGGUGGAAUUCUCAGCUGUGGUCUCACUCACACGGCGGUUACACCUCUUGACCUUGUCAAGUGUAAUAUGCAGAUUGACCCUGCAAAGUACAAAAGCAUCUCGUCUGGAUUUGGAGUAUUGCUUAAGGAGCAGGGAUUAAGGGGUUUCUUCAGAGGGUGGGUGCCAACCUUGCUUGGCUACAGCGCUCAGGGUGCUUGCAAAUUUGGAUUUUAUGAGUUCUUUAAGAAGUAUUAUUCUGAUAUUGCCGGUCCAGAGUAUGCGGCCAAGUACAAGACCUUGAUCUACCUUGCUGGUUCAGCAUCUGCUGAGUUUAUUGCUGAUGUUGCGCUCUGCCCUUUUGAGGCUGUAAAGGUUCGAGUUCAAACUCAGCCUGGUUUCGCCAGAGGUAUGGCAGAUGGUCUCCCAAAAUUCAUUAGAUCUGAAGGAGCCUUGGGGCUGUACAAGGGAAUUGUUCCUCUGUGGGGACGACAGAUCCCAUAUACAAUGAUGAAAUUUGCUUCUUUUGAGACUAUCGUUGAGAUGAUCUACAAGCAUGCCAUCCCCAUGCCGAAGAAUGAGUGCAGCAAGCCCCUGCAACUUGGUAUCAGUUUUGCUGGCGGAUAUGUUGCUGGCGUGUUUUGUGCCAUUGUAUCUCAUCCUGCUGACAACCUCGUCUCCUUCCUGAACAAUGCCAAGGGAGCUACAGUUGGUGACGCUGUGAAGAAACUUGGCUUGUGGGGUCUUUUCACCCGUGGACUCCCCCUUCGUAUUGUUAUGAUCGGAACUCUCACUGGAGCUCAGUGGGGAAUAUAUGACGCUUUCAAAGUUUUUGUGGGGCUGCCAACCACUGGUGGCGUUGCUCCUGCCGCCGCCCCUGCCUCUCAGCUAGCCGAGGCUUCGAAUCUCCAAUGAAGCAAGAUACGAUUUCAAUUUUACCCCCCUAGAUAACGUAGAAAACCAACGCAGAGACAAUAAAUAAAAGAGAAAAAAGAUUGCUUAAGUUGCCUGAGUUAACCUCAGGCUCGGUUGGGUAAUAUUUUUUUAUAUUCAGACUUUGGUUGUCAGUUUUCUUGUCUCUUGAGUAAUUAAUUUUUUGGGGAUGGUUUUGCUCUCAUCCUUAAAGCCAAACAUUUCCUAGUUAGGGAUCAUUCAUCCCAUGGAAAAUGGGAUUACACUUUUCUGUCUAAUCUCUGCAAAAAUUUGGAGGCGUGCAAUGCGUAAAUUGACAAUUUUUUUUUCGAGCA